AGCUACAGCACAAAAGUCAAAUGUUGUUUGAAAGCUGAAGGAAUGAACACACUGCUGUCCUCUCAUCUCACACUGAAGUGGGCCUGUCUGUAUUAUCUACAACUGAAAUGACUUAUUAAACCUGGAGGCUUCCAAACAAGAGCAAACAAAAAUACCCGGUAUGGCCUCAUCAUCAACACCUAAAUAUAAUUCAAACUCCUUGGAGAGUUCUUCAAGUAAAAGGACUCUAAAAGAUGGAACUAACUGGGAACAAAAUGAAGAAAUACCUCGUCUGCCAGGAGAGACUAGAGUUACAGACAAGGAUGUUAUUUAUAUGUGUCCAUUUAAUGGCCCCGUUAAAGGAAGAGUGUACAUCACAAACUACAGGCUGUACCUAAGAAGUGUGGAAAAUGAUCCAGUUGUGGUAUUGAAUGUUCCAUUGGGUGUAAUUUCAAGGAUUGAAAAAAUGGGAGGAGCUUCAAGCAGAGGAGAGAACUCUUAUGGAUUAGAUAUAACCUGCAAAGAUAUGAGAAAUUUACGGUUUGCAUUAAAACAAGAAGGGCACAGUAGAAGAGAUAUAUUUGAAGUUCUCACAAAAUAUGCUUUUCCCCAGUCACAUAACUUGCUUUUUUUUGCAUUUGCAAAUGAAGAAAAGUUUUCUGAAAAUGGAUGGAUGGUGUACAAUCCAAUGUCCGAAUAUAGGAGACAAGGACUGCCUAAUGAACGGUGGCGAGUAACUUUUAUUAAUGAACAUUACGGACUGUGUGACACAUAUCCAUCACUCUUAGUAGUGCCAUAUAAUGCAACAGAUGAUGAUCUCAAGAAAGUUGCUGCCUUUAGGUCCCGAAAUAGAAUUCCGGUUCUGUCAUGGAUUCAUCCAGAGACUCAAGCUGUUAUUAUGCGCUGCAGUCAACCCCUUGUUGGAAUGAGUGGCAAGCGGAAUAAAGAUGAUGAAAGAUAUCUUGAUAUCAUCAGGGAGGCUAAUGGGCAAAUCUCAAAACUGACCAUCUAUGACGCUAGACCCAAUGUCAAUGCAGUUGCAAACAAGGCAACUGGGGGAGGAUAUGAAGGUGAAGAUGCAUAUCCCAAUGCAGAACUUUUCUUCUUGGACAUUCAUAAUAUUCAUGUCAUGCGGGAAUCUUUGAAGAAGUUGAAGGACAUUGUUUAUCCUAAUGUGGAAGAAUCACACUGGUUGUCAAGUCUGGAAUCAACUCAUUGGUUAGAACAUAUAAAGCUGGUCCUGACAGGAGCUAUUCAAGUGGCAGACAAGGUGUCCUCAGGAAGGAGCUCCGUGGUGGUUCACUGCAGCGAUGGCUGGGACCGGACAGCACAGCUGACAUCGCUGGCCAUGUUGAUGCUAGACAGCUACUACAGAACAAUUGAAGGCUUUGAAGUUCUGGUGCAAAAAGAGUGGAUAAGCUUUGGACACAAAUUUGCAUCGAGAAUAGGCCAUGGUGAUAAAAAUCAUGCUGAUGCAGACCGAUCGCCCAUCUUUCUCCAGUUUAUUGAUUGUGUGUGGCAGAUGUCCAAACAGUUUCCUACAGCCUUUGAAUUCAACGAGCAGUUCUUGAUUACAAUCCUGGAUCACUUGUACAGCUGCCGCUUUGGUACUUUCUUGUAUAACAGUGAGUCCCUUAGAGAAAAAGAGAAAGUGACUGAGAAAACAUUAUCGUUAUGGUCUUUGAUAAAUAGUGAAAAAUCUAAAUACACCAAUCCUUUUUACACUAAAGAGCUAAACCGAGCACUCUAUCCAGUAGCCAGUAUGCGUCACUUAGAGCUCUGGGUUAAUUACUACAUCAGGUGGAACCCAAGAAUUCGGCAACAACAGCCAAAUCCAGUGGAGCAGCGUUACAUGGAGCUCCUUGCAUUACGUGAUGAUUAUAUAAGGAGACUUGAAGAACUGCAGAUCACAAAUAAUUCUAAGAUACCCAAUUCAUCAGCCUCAUCAGCAUCUCCCUCACAAAUGAUGUCCCAAGUACAAACACAUUUCUGAAGAAAGUGUUGGCUUCAUUCUAUACUGUAAUAGCAAGUGGUGCUUAACAUAGAUCUGUAGUAUAAAGAGGGAUAUUUUAAUGCCUUACAUUAGACUGUCCUAACACAAAUUAUUUUAGACUGUCUUCAUUUGAGGAGGACUUCAAAAUAAACAAAACCAACUCUUCAGUUACGUGCCUUUUGGAACCUGUGGACUGGGAACAUUAGUAAUCAACUUCUAGUUAUGGAGGGCUUUAAGAAUUAUUUUUGAAAGUCUGGUACAAUUGAAAUUAAAUGGAUUUAUUGUUUUCAUAAGAAUGCUUUAAUUUAUUACAUCCUAGGUCAUGUUCCUGUAAGGAAGUUCAUGCUUGGUCUUACAUGUCAUGGAUAAACACAUUAAUGGCAAUAGGAAUAUUCACAUUGUGUAAAAUUAGGUAUGUGCGUAUUCCUGUUAGGAAUACGUUCGUGGAGUUCAUGAGAUAAAAAUAAAUUAUAUUGUAAGAUGUCAGAGACAAGUGUUGAAAUUUUAUGGUUACCUGAGAAUUCCAAAUUUUUCUUUUUUGAAAUAAAGAAAAAUAUGGAAGGGUUUUCCCUCAUACACUUCUAAGUAAGAAGUUCAAAUAGCUCAAAAGAUAUAAAAACAAAAGAAAAAUUAUUUUUUAUUGUAAACCGAUUUUAUAUUUUUUUUAAACAAAUGACAGUUGUACUAGAUUCUGAGGAAAUCCUGUUUUGGCUAACUGUUCAGCACUAAAGUAUAUUAUAAAUUAUCACUGUUGGCAAUAUUGGUUCUUUGGAUUAAUACAGAAUAAAAUGGUUCUGAAGAAGAUUUAUAUAUUUAAAAGCAGACCCAGAGAGACAUUGCUUAAAUAUCCAGCAAUAGCCAUAGUAUUAAAGCUUGUGUUUAUCUCCUAAAAGUAAAUGUGCCUGUUUAAAGGAGCUUUUAUACCAAAGUAGACAAAAAAUUUCAGUUAUAAAUACUGUUGAAAAUUUUACAUUUAUAGCUUACUGUUUAAUUUAACUUUUUUGUUCAACAAAUUUAUUCUCAAGUAUUUAAGGGACUUCAGUAUACAAGAUCUGCAUAUAAUGCGUGUGCUUAUAUUGAACCGUCCGGUGAAUUCUAGUUUCAGUCCUUCAUUUCAGAGGCUUCUUGUAAACCUUUAAUUUGUUCUUUUCAGGUAUUUUUUAAAUAGUUAUGAGCAUUUCUUAUGACAGUACAAACCUUUCUACUUGAUAUUUAAUUAAAAUUUUGCAUCUUCUCAGAAGUUUAAUGAUACUUCAGGCAAUCCAGGAAAUACUGCAAUUCAGAAUCUGUAGAGGACUCUAAUAUGGUUAUUUUAAAGGAGAUAUUUUAAUGCUUGAGGCUUCUGUCACUGUAAAUUAUUGUACAUGUGAGGAGUUUUGAUCUGCAAGAUAUAAUAGAAAUAUAUAUAAAUUAAGUUUUGUGUAAGUAUAUAUAAUAUAGUUUAUUAGAAAUUCUGCAAGUUUAUAAAGUGUAAAUAGUUUGCAUAUGAAAACUAAAUUUAAAGCUAUAGUUCCAUAAAAUAGAGUUUAGAGGACAUCUGAAUAUUUUUAGAACAGUAUUUUUUCAAAGGAAUUAAAGUAUACCGCCUCUUGAUUUAAUUCAGUAUGUACACUGAAUUGCACUAUUUUUUCAGGGAAGCUCAGAGCACACGAUAUGUGUGUUCUAAAUACCCAUCAUUUAUAUGACUUAUUUUUGUCCUCUAAAUUUCAUUCUCCCAUCAAUGUUCUUCCGUAUGUGUUUCCAAAAUAACAUAAUUGUCCCAAAAUCUUGACAUGUUAAGGUAACUAAGAUGCAUUACAUCAGAUAAACGAAGAAGGAUACUCAGUUGUUCAUGAUACACUUUACAUUUGAAAGCUAUGCAUACUCUGGUAUAUAUGCCUUCUACUUACUUGUGGUUUAUAAAAAAAAGCUAUUUUUAUUAGAAUAUUUAAUUUUUCUGUAUUUGAGUUGAACGUAUGGGUGACAUCUC